AUGGCGACACCCGAGCCCCUAGACCCAAGCACCCUAGAGAUUAAGACCCGUAGCAUAGAACAGACACUACUCCCACUAGUCAAGCAGAUCUCCACGUUAGUGUCGUACAAAGAACGUUCGCAAUGUUCGUGCAGAAGUUACCGUGCGGUCGACCGAAUCGGUCAAGCAGUGAAUCUGGCGGUCGAGAGGUUCGUCACUGUCGGCGAAACGAUCGCAGAUAACAAUCCGGAAAUUAAGGUCGACAUGUACCAUGCAUGUGAGGAGGCGAGAGUGUGCGGCUCGGCGAUCGAGAAAUUGUGCGAGUGUAUGAUGGAUGACAACCUAGCCGACAGGAGCGCGCUGAUCAAGGCAUCCAAAAGUCUUCUGGGUUGGAUAACGAGAGUCCUCCUCGUGGCCGACGUCGUCGUGGUCAAUCGACUCCUUAGCGCGAAGGACAAGGUGGCCAGCAUCCUUGACCGGUUGGAGGACGUCUCGAACUUCACCGAAUUCGUGAAAGCAUUUAGCCAGUUUGGGACAGAAAUGGUGGACCUGGCCCACCUGACAGGUGAUCGCCAAAUCGACCUGAUAGACGAGCGACGAAGGGCACAGAUGGCAGUGUGCCGGCAGAUUUUGGAAAGGAGCACCAUGAUGCUGUUAACAUCCAGCAAAACCUACCUGAGGCAUCCGGAAUGUCCGGCUGCCAAGGAGAAUCGGGACACUGUGUUCUGUCAGAUGAGAAGAGCCAUGGACAUGAUACACUUCAUUGUUAAAGACGGUGUGGUGUACCGCCACAUGAGGAAAUAUUUAAAGGAGACAACGGAACUGGAUUGGGAACGCAAGACAGCAUUGUUCUCAUUGCAACACUUCGAGGGACUCGUGGAAACAACGAGGAUGACCCUACUAGGACCGGAGAGCCGAAGUACCCUGCUAGACGCGUUCAAUAACGUCAUUGACAGGACACAGGAUUUCACUGACAGCGCGUACACCAGCCAUGAACACAGAGAAAACAUCCUUUUGCUGUGCGACCGAGUGCAGCUGGAGCUGAACUACCUGCUACGAGUCGGUAACACCACGCAAAGUUACGAAGGCGGAAGUGGUUCCCCAAGUGCUGAAAUGGAACAAGCUGUACAGGCAGUGUUCAAAGCCACCAAAGAACUCCGCCAGGUGCUCUGCACGACGGCGAUGGAGCAAAUGACGAAUCUUGGUCAGGUGACCAAAGCGGGCCUAGAACUUGUAUCCACGAUCAAGAAUCUCGCGUUGGCCAACGACAUCAAUAGCUUCGAGGAGAAGAAGUUCAAGGAGUACCUCGAUCACAUUGUCGAAGUGUGCAGAAUGAUCAGGCACGUUGCGCCGACGGAGACACUCUCAGUGUCAGCGAAGUUCACGGGAAUCCAUUUGGAGAUGUACGGACCCCAAGUGCUGACAGCUGCGCACACGUUGGCAAAGCACCCGACCAGUAAAAUCGCCAAAGAGAAUUUGGAAGUAUUCGCCGAUAUGUGGCAAUGGCUCAUGAACGACGUGACUUCCGCUGCGAAAGAUGUGCUCGAAUGGCAUCAGAAUCAACCAGAGAAGCAAGUAUACAUGUCCUUGCCACGGCCAGGCAAACAUGGCACCACCAGCAAACCGUUGAAACCGGCGAAACUGGACAGCGAGGAGCAAGCGAAGAUCGCGAAGGCAGGCCUCGAGAUGAAGCUGAUCACCUCGGAGAUGGACGCUGAGACGGACAGGUGGCAGGAGAGCGGCAGCGCGUUGGAGGAGAACAACGACAUCGCGAAACGGGCGAAGAACAUGUCCUCGAUGGCGUUGUCGAUGUACCAGUUCACGAAGGGCGAAGGCGAUCUGAAGACCACCCAAGAUCUGUUCACCCAAGCUGAGUAUUUCGCUGAGGAGGCGAACAGAUUGUACAAGGUUGUGAGACAAUUCAGCUAUCAGGUACCAGGGGGCCCGCACAAGACAGAACUCCUGACAGACCUCGACCGUGUGCCGAUGUACGUCCAGAUGAUACAGUUCGCCGUGAUGGACCCAACCGUCGGGAAAGCCGCCACCUUUAGGAAAGUCGAUAAAGUAAUCCACGAAACAAAGAAUCUAAUGUACGUGAUUUCGAAAGUGGUCACCGCAUGCUUCGACUGCGCCACAAAGCACAAUCUCACCAUGCCGCAGUACGUGGAGCUCAGUCCGUCGACGAUGCACGGCCUAAGCGAAGAGGAAUGCUUGUACCCAGUUAGCCCCCAAUUGCUACCAUCGACCAGUCCCUAUGUGCAGCCCCAUCCCUUGACCUCCGUCCAGUUGCACAACAUUUUAAGAACGCCCAGCCUGAAUUUCUCGUCCUUCAAUUACAACACCUUGCCGAUCACCACCAAUUCCGCAAUCAAUACCGGUCCACGUAACUCCGCUUCCUUCGUUCAUCCCUCUGUCCUACCCUACUCGUCUAGCAACAAUGCAACGUCCGGUUGCGGACCUCAGGCACCAAAUUGCCUGCAGAAUCUACAGCUACUCCAGCUGCAGCUGCAUCACGCACAGCUGCAGCACCUAAGACACGCCACUCUACCGAGAUAA